CUUACAGCAGUUGAAUUAUAACUCAUUCUUAUUUCUCUAUCUAGUUUAAGGUCAAAAGAAGAUUUACGCCUCAGCAUUCCCAUUUCAGAAACAACAUGACGGAAAAAUGCCCAUUGCCUUUGCUUCGGAAAGGUAAAAGAGUCGUAUUAAAAUGGGUUAUACACCAUUUCUUUCCGCAAUCAUUUGGCAAUUUAAAUUACAAUUAUUUUGAAAGUUGUCCAUUCCCAGUAGAAGAGAUGGUAUUCAAAAUGUGCCUCAUUCCAUGGUAUGAAGAAUGUCCUGGGAAAGUUGCCUGUCUUUUGAUAAGGGACAACAUUGCUCCACGAUUUGUCCAUUACCUCGUUGAUUCUGAAGUGACGAUUGAUAAUAAAAUUUGGAGGCAACCUGAAACUGAAUACCGUUUCGACAUUCAGGAGCCCAAAUAUGUGCCUUUGAUGCAUUUGUCUGAUUUGAAAGAUCAAAGUAAGUUUCCCUUUAUGUGUCCAAUGACCUUGCAGUUUGGUUUAAGAAGAUGUUUCUUUAAAACACCUUCAACGAGAUAUCUAUCAGCGAUAACUGAGCUUCGUGUUAUUAAUCAGUCAUGCAUUGUCAGUGUUAAAAAGUUCUAUCCUUCUCGAAUGAAAGAUGAAUCGUCAGAAAGACAAAUAUCAAGAAAUAUUGAUGAUGUUGUUAUUAGUGUUGGAAAUGAAAUUCUUCAAAGGUAUCCUGUGGAAAAAAGUGAAAUUAUAAAUAUGACCAUUGGAUACUGCAGUAAUACAAAUUGCGUCGGGAUAGUAUUUAGAGCGGAAGAAGAUUCUCUUUACUUAAGAUGUGAAAUUCUAUUGCUAGACGCUCGCAGGAAUACUAUUAUUGCAUCGUUAACAAGAGAAAAAGUACUUUUUAGAUACGCAGGGUGGCUUGUUCCUUUCUAUGUCCCUGAAGAGUUCUUACAUAAAGUCCGAAAUUCUAAAUUAUUUUUUGAAGCCAUUGAUAUUCAUGUAAGUAUUUCAUACCAUAGAAGAGAAUUUAGGCCAGAUAUUCAAUCAGAAAUCGGUUCGCAUUAUUACGGAGAGAAAUAUUUUAAUCUGAAAGCUGAUUUAGAGAAUUUUUAUAAUCAUGAAACAAGGACUACAGAUUUUUGCAUAAAAGCAGAAAAAAAGAUAUUUCAAGUACAUAGGUGCAUAUUAGCUGCAAGAUCGCCAGUUAUGAAAUCUAUGCUAGAGAAUGAUAUGAUUGAAAAGCGAACUGGAUCUGUUAAAAUAGAAGAUAUAAAUUCUGAAGUAAUAAGCCUCCUUUUGUAUUACAUAUAUUCUUCAGAAUUAAAGAAAAACAUAAAAUAUCAACUUAUUCCUUCACUCUAUGCAGCUGCUGACAAAUACGAUAUCCCUGGUCUACGAAAUUAUUGCCGCCAAGAAUUGAUGAAGAAAGUUUCGAUCUCUAACUUUGAUGAUUUGUUGAUUCUGUCUCACUUGCAUAGAGAUAAUGAACUGAAACAAUUCAUUAUAUCAUUUUUAAGUACUCAAUAUCUUAAUUUGAAGACAUUUUCACAUUUGGACAACAUUAUAAUGUUUGACAGACGAUUAAUUAAGGAAGAUAUAGAAUUCUUAAGACGGAUUAAAGAAACAUGCAUACGCUGAAGAAAAACUUUAACAAAAAUGUUGUGGAAUCUUUUAUUCUGUGCUUAAAACAGUAUAAUAUUGCUUGUUUAAG